GGAAAUUGCUGUUUACAAAUCUACCUCAGCUUUUUGAUAAGCAGACAUGGCUGUCACGCUGCAUACCGAUGUAGGAGAUAUUAAAAUUGAACUGUUCUGUGAGCGUACACCAAAGACUUGUGAAAAUUUCCUGGCUCUUUGUGCUAGUAACUACUACAAUGGCUGCGUGUUUCACCGGAAUAUAAAGGGCUUCAUGGUUCAGACAGGGGAUCCAUUAGGCACUGGGAAAGGAGGUAACAGCAUCUGGGGCAAGAAGUUUGAAGAUGAAUUCAGUGAAUACCUAAAGCACAAUGUCCGUGGCGUAGUUUCAAUGGCAAACAAUGGUCCGAAUACCAAUGGAUCGCAGUUCUUCAUCACUUAUGGCAAGCAACCACACCUAGACAUGAAGUACACUGUGUUUGGAAAAGUUAUUGAUGGCUUGGAGACCCUGGAUGAGCUGGAGAAGCUGCCUGUGAAUGAGAAAACCUACCGACCUCUUAAUGAUGUUCGCAUUAAAGAUAUUACAAUUCAUGCCAACCCUUUUGCUCUGUAGCCACAGAGUGCCUCAACACAUUCUUUAGAGACUGGUCAGAUCAACUGCUGGAUUAUGGGGUUUAAAGUGUCAUUAAAAAGGGUUGCUUGAGCUGGAUCAUACCUUUGCUCAUUGAAUGCAGGAUUUUCAGGAGUUGUGACAUUGUUUGGGAGUUGUCACAGAGGAAUCUUGUGCUUUAGAAGCUAUUUUUUCCAGGCUAUCUUCCAGGAUUUUGAUUUUUUAACAUUGUUUUUAUACUUGUAAAAUAAGAAA